AGGCACUAGCUACAUUGUUUAUGGGCUUGGGUGAUGCUGAGACAUUCGGACACUGCGCCGCCGAAAAGAGAAAAUGCUUAUUCUUAAUUGACCAACAAUAAGCCGUCACGUUUUCAAUCUGAUUACUUGUUAUGUAUUAAUCAUUCGUCAACUAACAACCAUGAGUUCGUUUUGUCAAACAAUGAUGAGUCGAUAUUCAGUAGGUGGAAAACCGUAAUAAAUUCUCUCAAAAUGCAAUGCAAAGUGGCUGGCUUAACUACACAACAUUUUAGAUGAAAAUGAUGGAUGGUGUACUAUUUUUAUUGAUCAUUGGGUAUUUUUACGGUUUCCCUUUAGUUCAUUGAAAGGUGGUAGGCUGUGGCCUCAGCGCUAGGAGUCGUGAUUGCGGAUAACUAAUCUCAACAUGGCAGACAGCAUAAUGAGCAAAGCAGCCACCAUGGAAAUCCCGAUCAGCAGCAACGGAGACUCCAGAACACUGGCGGAAGAUGAUGGCCUCGAACAGGCUACACAUUGGAACUUAGAUGAGAAGGACCUCCAGCAGGUGAUGGUCUCUGGGCCCAACCUGAACGAGACCAGCAUCGUGUCCGGAGGCUACGGAGGAGCGGCGGAGGGCAUCAUCCCGACCAGCUCCAUUAAAGACCUGCGCUCCAAAUCACGUGGCAUCACACCAAGCCAAUCAGCUGCCAGCCGGAUAGCCAACCAGGUGCAGGAGUACCAAGCUCCCAACAUGCACCACAGUAACAGCAACCCAUCCAUGAUGGCGGAGGAGGCGACACGAGGCGUCGCCGUGGAGAAGUUUGACACUGUGAAGAAGUGGAGCAUCAACACAUACAAAUGCACGAAGCAGAUGUUUUCCGAGCGGUUCGGGCGGGGCUCUCGCACGGUGGACCUGGAGCUGGAGGUUCAGAUCGACCUGCUGCGGGACACCAAGAGCAAGUACGAGAGCGUGCUGCGUCUGGCCAGCGCCCUCACCGCCCACUUCUACAGCAUGGUGCAGACCCAGCAGGCUCUGGGGGACAUCUUCGCCGACCUCAGCCAGAAGUCACCUGAACUGCAGGAUGAGUUUGGGUACAAUGCUGAGACUCAGAAGCUACUCUGCAAGAAUGGUGAGACCCUGCUGGGCGCCAUCAACUUCUUUGUGUCCAGCAUAAACACACUGGUGAACAAGACCAUGGAGGACACACUGAUGACCAUCAAGGGCUAUGAGAAUGCCAGGCUGGAGUUUGAUGCCUACCGGGCAGACCUGGAGGAGCUGAGUACGGGGCCCCGUGACGCGGGCACCAUGGUGCGGAUCGAGAUUGCCCAGCAGCAGUAUGGGAUCCACAGAGACAAGUACGAGAGGCUGCGCAGUGACGUCUCCAUCAAACUCAAGUUCCUAGAGGAGAAUAAGGUGAAGGUGAUGCACAAGCAGUUGCUGCUCUUCCACAAUGCCAUCUCGGCCUACUUUGCUGGCAACCAGCAGCAGCUGGAACAGACUCUCAGACAGUUCAACGUCAAGCUCAAACCACCUGGCUCAGAUAAGCCGUCCUGGCUGGAGGAACAGUGACCUUCCCCCGACUAAAACAACAAAAACACAAGUCUCUGUCUUAACAGUGGGCACACACACACACACACUCACACACACACACACAGAUGAGAGACUGGUGGAGGGCAGAGGGUAUCAUAAGUGGAUGGAGGGAGAAGAGGAAGAAAGAGAGAUGAAAGAAGGAAGAAGAGGCAUGUACUGUGUAUAUAUAACUAAUGUCAAAAGAGGGGCCAGUGACAACACGCAAUAUGGUGGCAGGGAUUCUCUCCCUUCCCCAUCGUCUUUCUCUUCUGUUUUGUUUCCUGUUGUUUUUUUUUUCUUUUCUUUUCUUUUUCUUUUUACCCUUAUAUCUGUGUUUCUUUGGAAAACCUUUCUUUUUUUGUGGGUGUAAGUUUAAUCGUAAAUGCAACAGUCUUCACUCCAUAGUAGGAACACAGAGGUCCUGAUGGUAAUGAUGAUGUCAUCAGAACGAGUCACUUUAUAGUUAUGUCAUUGUUGAUUAGGAUUAUGUUGUAUAUUAGGUCUUAGUUUGCAGGUUCAUACUUGGAGACACAAUAGGAAGUACAUUUAUCUAAUCAGUGCAACAUUUUUAUGCUAGGUAAAGAACAAGGGAAAAGAAAAAAAAUUGUAGCCAGAUUUAUAUAUGGACGUUAUUUAUAAGUUAAUUAGACCUAAUUGUCACUUUUAUUUAUUUUUAUGUUACUUUUGCUUUGGACAUUAUAACCGUGCUUGCAGUGCUUAUCAUAGUUGUAUUUUUGUUUUGUUUUUCAGACAUCAUUUAUUCACUGAUGACAGAACCAGGAUAUUGUAGUAUAUAGCAUUACUGUAGUACGCACCUUAUGUCCUUUACACUGUGUGCUAUGCACACAGCUAUGUGAUGGUAGUUCAUUUCAGUGCAUUAUCUCUGGCAGUUAUUUAAAACAGACACUCCAUAUCUUUUACUAUUUUGCAUUUUGUUAUUUCUGAAGCAUAGCCAUUCAUACUCUUCCUUUGGUCGGUUGUGCACAGGCUCUGAAGUCAAUCCUAACAUGAAACUCGGCUGCCCAGUCCAAUUGACUCGACCCCUUCUGUUCCUCACAGUUUAGUGCUUCUAGACCUGCCCAGUGUCUUUGAAGAUAAGGCUUUCACACAGUGUGAAGGACUGCACUAUGCUGAAAACCCCUGUGUGCCACAAGGAGGCUUGGGCAGUGUCUGAGUCAGGGAGCGAUGACCAAAUACAUGAAAACACUGUUCAUUCACAGACUCAUUCAUUCAUUCAUAGAUUUAUUGGCACAAUAGUAGUCACCCCAAAGCUCAAAUUUAUUUGUACCGGUUGGUUUGGCUUGACAUAACUUUACUGAUAGGGAUUGUUUGUAGUCAAACUAUAAUAAAGAGAUUAGUUGAGCCACGCGAUUACUCAGAUCUCUCCAUUUACAAGACAUGAUGUUGUCUUGGUCACUAUAUAACUACACCUAUUAACUUAAUUGAUCUGAACACUUGAAGGGCUGCCUUUAUGGUUAUUGGCCAAGUCAUGCUUGUCCACCAGUAUGGCUUAUUCCAGGGAUAUGUGUUCGUUUUUGUGGAACACAGUUCAUCCCGUGUCCAGGCAUAAUACAGAGUAGUGUCUGUAAUCUAUCUGAAAAGUCUUAAUUUAGAAUUACUGCCUUUUUUUUUGGUCAGUUCUCCAACUACUCUGUCUGAAAUUGCUCCUUCUAUUGAUUGUACACACCAUGAAAGACAUUUUACUGGCAUAGAUCUGCGCAGAUUUUGAGUUGCCACAUCUCGCUUUGAGAGAUAUCUGUCAUUUUGCAGGUAAUGAAUACAGUCCUCAUGUUUAACUUUUUAACAGUUCAAUGGUAACUUGUGCCAUUCUGAUGGAAGGUGUUCCUGAAGUCAUACAACAUGAAAGUGUUUAUUGUAGAAAUGAAAUGACUGAAAAUGUUUGAACCUGCACAUCCAUUGAACCUAUCUCUAAUAUCGUUAGUGUUGCCAAUCAUCAUGCAUAGUUUACAAUCAGUUGCCAGUGAUCUAGUUCACAAAAAAAACACCUCAUCUUGUGGACUGUGGAUUUCAUGUUUUUUAUUCGUAAGUGGCACAAAUCUUUCAUACACCCCUAUGUUGAAGAACUGUUUCCAUCAUGUUUACAAAAUGGGCUCAUACGAUACACAUUUCCCUCCUAACUAUGAAGCAAACCUAUUUGUAACACUUCACUGCAAGGCUCCAUCUAUUGCAUUGCCCACGAAUCAUUUUUUCUUUGUUUAACUGGAUUGAUGGGAUCAUGGAAGGUUUAUAAAAGAAUAUUGUUUGCAUAUAAUCUAUUUUUUUAGGCAGGUGUGUCAUAUUCUAAUGUUGUGCGUGAAUGAAAAAGAGUGACUAAUCAAUACAAUAGGGCCUAUGUAAAUGUAAAAGUAACCCAGUUAUCUUCCUCAUGUAAAUGUGUUGUGUAAUGCCCUUAAAACGAGCCCCUUGUAAUUGGCAAAAGUAGUCGAAUCAUGAUAUGAUUAAAAACGAUUAUAAACCA